GCCUGUUUCUGCCACGUGGCUAACAGCUCAUGGUACGUGGCACAUAGCCCUGGCUUGCUGCUGGCUGCUACUCUGAGCACUACAAGGAAAGACAACAGAGCUGGGACCCCGGGAAGCUGUGUGAGACCCUGGGCAAGUCACUCCACCUCUCCAAGCUUCAUCUGGUUCGUCUGUAAACAAUAACACUCACUCUGCCAGCCUUGCAAGAUGUGGAGACUGGCAAGAGAAGGCAGCCAGCUGCCCGAGGGUCCCGCAGUAGGCCAGCGGGACAGCCACGGCCAGUAGGCUCUGCCCUCCUGGAGAUCCUCCCAUCCCACAGCUGCUGCCGCUGUACAGACCACAUUCCGUCUCCAAGGGCCAGACACACCUUCAGCUUGGGCAUCCCAGCUCUGGCCAGCAGCAGCAGCCAUGAACUAUGUGGGGCAGCUGGCAGAGACAGUGUUUGGAACAGUUAAGGAACUCUACAGGGGCCUGAACCCAGCCACCCUGAGUGGCGGCAUCGACGUGCUGGUGGUAAAGCAGACGGAUGGCUCCUUCCGAUGCUCGCCCUUCCACGUGCGUUUUGGCAAGCUGGGUGUCCUGCGGUCACGGGAGAAGGUGGUGGACAUUGAAAUCAAUGGAGAGCCUGUGGACUUGCACAUGAAGCUGGGGGACAGUGGCGAGGCCUUCUUCGUCCAGGAGCUGGACAGUGAUGAGGAAGACGUGCCUCCCCGCCUGUGCACCUCCCCCAUCCCAUGGGGAGGCCUGUCAGGCUUUCCCUCAGACUCCCAGCUGGGCACAGCCAGUGAGCCUGAGGGCCUUGUCAUCACUGGGAGGAGAAAGAGGCGGCGCAGGAGGAAACCCAGGCGCAGGGAGGAUGCUGCGGACUCCAGUUCUGAGGACUUGGAGGCAGGUGUGGAGAGUGAGCUGGAAAAGCCAACACCAGAGUCCCCAAGUGCUCAAGAAGAAGAGCCCUCAUCGCAGCCUAAAGACAUCUACCCAUACUCCGAUGGCGAGUGCGCCCCCCAGGCCGGCCUCUCAUCAGGUGACCUAAUGUCCCCUAAGAGUGACUCAGAGCUGGAACUGCGGUCCUCGGAGCCCAGUCCCCUGAGAGCUGAGUCUCACAUGCAGUGGGCCUGGGGGAGACUGCCUAAGGUGGCGAAAGCUGAGCGGCCUGAGUUCUCCGUGGACCUUAAAAGUGUGGCCGAGGCGAUCUGUGCACUUUCCGGGGAACCUAGCCCUCCCGCCUCCUCCUCUGUGGCUGGUGUGGACACUUUGAGGCUCCCAGUGCUGCAGCCAGGGGCCAGCACUGAUGAGGAGGUGCACUGUGAGGGAACUCUGGUGGAGUCUUCCCUUACUGCUCCAGAGAGUAAGGAAACCAAGAGUCAGAACUCCAAGGGUGCCAGCCACCCUCCUGCUACUAAGUCAUGGAACUGGACCUCUCCGGAAAGCCACAUUUCCUCUGGGCGUCCAGGAGCCUCCAGGGAGAAAGGUUUCCUGAAGAGAAACCAGCACCUGGGCCCCAGUGACAUCUACCUGGAUGAUCUACCCUCCCUGGACUCUGAGAACGCAGCCCUUUAUUUCCCCCAGAGCGAAUGUGGGAUGGGGGCCAGGAGGUGGAGUGAACCCAGCAACCAGAAGCUCCUAGAGAACCCCAACCCUGAGCACAUAGCAGAAUCCACUCUGGACUCAGUGGACAGAAUAGCAUUGUCCCUCUGCGGGGGGCUGGCUGACACCCGAGACAUCUCACUGGAAAAGUUCAACCAGCACAUGGUCUCCUAUGAGGACCUCACUAAGAACCCGGGGCUCUUGGAUGACCCAAACCUUGUGGUGAAAAUCAAUGAGAAGCAUUAUAACUGGGCUGUGGCUGCCCCCAUGAUCCUCUCUCUGCAAGCCUUCCAGAAGAACUUACCUGAGAGCACUGUGGACAAGCUUGAGAAGGAGAAGAUGCCCCGGAAGGGUGGGCGCUGGUGGUUUUCCUGGAGACGAAGGGACUUCCCGGCUGAGGAGCACAGUGCCCAGAGAGAGAAAACCACAACCAGAGAGCAGCAGGGAGAGAAGACAGAGGUCCUAAGCAGUGAUGAUGAUGCCCCAGACAGCCCUGUGAUCCUUGAGGUUCCCCCACUGCCACCCUCCACUCCAGGCUACAUCCCUACCUAUAAGAAGUCCCUUCGCCUCUCUUCUGAUCAGAUCCGCUGUCUGAACCUGCAGGAAGGAGCUAACGAUGUGGUCUUCAGUGUGACUACCCAGUAUCAAGGCACCUGCCGUUGCAAAGCCACCAUCUACCUGUGGAAUUGGGAUGACAAGGUGGUCAUCUCUGACAUCGAUGGCACUAUCACCAAGUCGGAUGCUCUGGGCCACAUUCUGCCCCAGCUGGGAAAAGACUGGACACAUGAGGGCAUUACUAGUCUUUACCACAAAAUCCAUCUAAAUGGGUACAAGUUCCUGUACUGCUCAGCACGGGCCAUCGGCAUGGCUGACCUUACUAAGGGGUACUUGCAGUGGGUGAGCGAGCGUGGCUGUGGCCUUCCUAAGGGCCCCAUCCUGCUGUCUCCAAGCAGCCUCUUCUCUGCCCUCCACAGGGAGGUGAUUGAGAAAAAGCCAGAGGUGUUCAAGGUUGCCUGCCUGAGUGACAUCCAGCAGCUCUUUCUGCCCCAAAGACAGCCCUUCUAUGCUGCCUUUGGGAACAGGCCCAACGAUGUUUUUGCCUACCGGCAGGUAGGCCUCCCUGAAUCUCGCAUCUUCACGGUCAACCCCCGGGGAGAGCUCAUUCAGGAACUCAUAAAGAACCACAAGUCCACGUACCAGCGACUCGGGGAGGUAGUUGAGCUUCUCUUCCCACCCGUGGUGCGUGGUCCCAGCACAGACCUGGCCAAACCCGAAUACAGCAACCUCUGCUAUUGGCGGGAGCCACUGCCAUAUGUGGACUUUGAUGCCCUGGUUUGAGCCGACCCUGGCUUUCCUCCUUGGUCUGACCCGGGACUGAUGGUGUACUUAGGACACCAAGGAUUAGAAGAUGGGUGCCAUGGGACUGACCCAAGAAAAGCGCUACACGUUAGGUGGCAGCCAGAGACCCCUCCUUCCUCUUUGAAACAGAAAUGCUGUGGCUGUCAGUGUGACUACCCCGUACCAGGGCACCUGCCACCACCAGGCCACCCUCUACUUGAAGAAAUGGAAGAAAAAGUAAUCAUCUCUGAUAUAGAUGGCCCCAUCACCAAGUGAGGCCAGGCUGGCUACGGGGACAUGGGGAGUGCGAAGGGACCUACCUCAGGCCUCAGUACAGUCCUGACCUCCAACAACUAAAUGUGCCACUAGACCCUUGCAGGUUCACUGUCCCCUAGGUCUGUGGUUCUCAACCUGUGGGCCACGACCCCUUUGGGCGUUGCACCAACCCUUCACAAGUAUCUCCUAUCAGAUAUCAUGAUUCACAACAGUAGCAAAAUUACAGCUGAGGCAGCAACAAAAAAAUAGUUUUACGGUUGGAAGUCACAACCAUAUGCAUUAUGAAGGUUGAGAACCACUGCCCUUCGUGUAUCUGUCUCUGCCACCCUGUGGCCUUGACUCAACUUGUAACAGAACAGAGAAGGUGGCCUCGUGAACACUCGAGACCUAGCUGAACAGGGAAGGGUGGCAGCAGCAAGCUCCUUGCUCAUCAUUCGACAAUGACCCCUUUCUCACCCUGGCUGAGUGGCACCUGGGAACACGACCAUCCCACACCUUUCUGGGAGGCUACAUUAUCCCCCGAAGCCAGAUCCCUCUGUGGGCCUAGCUCUGCUUAUAGCUCCUGAUCCAAGCAUCAUGUCUUCCUUUACCUACCUUGAAAUUCAGCUCUAAGUGUGGGUGGUCCAGGGCCCCUCUGACAAGAGAAUGAUUUGGGCUCACAGAUAUAAGGGCUCAUAGCAUGGGGUCCCUGUCAGACCACUGCCCUGGUGCUGACCAUCCUGGCUCCUGCUGCUCAGUCUAGUGCCCAGCUGGCUGAGUAAGCAGUCACCCAAGGCACAAUGGGACACAGAGUGACACUUCAUUCCUGCUAAUGAAGAAAGCACCCUUAGACCAUUUAAAAGAUUUAAUCUUCAACCUGUUUUCCAACCACGUCAGAGCGGAGGACAAACACUCUAUGUCCACAAGCCUUCGGAAUGAAGGGCUGUGGGGGAACAAACAGCAUAGCAGGCCCAGGUUGCGUUGGGGAGAACUGAGGCCAGGAGCCUCAGCAGAGAUGGUUAGUCUCUAAGCGCCUGCGUUUUCCAGUUGUUCCCUGACGGCUUCCUAACCCCAACUUCUCUGCAGUUUUUGAACCUCCUGGCGAGGCAUACAAAACCCCAGCAAGGCUUAGACUUUUCGUUCAGCUACAGCCCCUUUCUCGGGGUCUGCCUCAACAGACUCUAAGGCUGCUGUUGGCAAGAGGUACUGACCUGGGUGGUGGGGAGAGGUUUCCCCCCUAACUGGAGAGGACCAUGUGGGUAUAUUUGCAAGAUAAAAAAAAUAAAUUGGGGUGGGGUCUUCAAACAUCUGGAUCCCUUUUCUUUGGGAUUCCGAAGCUGCCUACACCCUCAUCAUGAGGCAAGAUCAAAGGGAAUACAGAGAACUCUCGGCUGG